UGGGAGAUUUUGCACUUGUGCAGUUUCCAGCUUCCUCGCCAUUGCUGCAGGUAGGCGUGCAACGUAAACUCCACUCUGGUGCCCUCUACCCAGGCCUGGGACUCCAAAGCUGCUCUUGGGAACCUCAAGCCCACAUCCAGCCUGGGGCUGCGAACUGGGUUGCGUGUUGACAAGCUCUGGGAGGAGGGGGGCGGAGCUUCCGGCGGCGCACUUCCGCUUCCGGUUCCUAGCAUCGGUUCUUAGCGUCGACUCUGGCCGAGGCUUUGCAUUCGACCGAGCAGGUUGUGGCGUCGGCUGGUUCCCGGCGAUUCGAGCUCCAGCCAGGAUGAUCGAGGUUGUUUGCAACGACCGUCUGGGGAAGAAGGUCCGCGUUAAAUGCAAUACUGAUGACACCAUCGGGGACCUUAAGAAGCUGAUCGCAGCCCAAACUGGCACCCGUUGGAACAAGAUCGUAUUGAAGAAGUGGUACACGAUUUUUAAGGACCACGUGUCUCUGGGGGACUAUGAAAUCCAUGAUGGGAUGAACCUGGAGCUUUAUUACCAAUAGAGCCGAAUUCCUUUUGCCUGCCCUUCUCUUUUCUCCCACCCUCACCCCUCCACAGAUAUGGAUGCUUGUUUUUGAAAACUGAUGUUAAUAAAAGUUUUAGAGGCUG